GUUGGCGGGGCCUUGGGGAGCGGCGGCGGAGGCCUCCUUCACAGUGACCCCGCGGCCUCCGACCCCCGGCCGGUCCUUGCGUCCCCCCAUGGCCGGGUGGAGCCGCCGGGCGGUGCUGAGCCUCUACCGGAGCCUGCUGCGGCGGGCCGGCGGGCUGCGCUACACCGACCGGGACUUCUACCGGGCCUCCGUCCAAAGGCAGUUCCGCCUGCACCAGCGGCUGCGGGAGCCCGAAGCCCAAGCCCGCCUGCUCCGACAGGGACGGGCCUUCCUCCGCUCCGGCCUCGGCGGCCUCCUCUAGGCCUCCCGGCCCCGGGGGACCCCCCCCCCCCCACCAAGAGGGGGCCACCACCCCGAGGACCACGAGGAGGAGGAAGGACCGCCACCCCAGAUGCACUAAGGCCGAGUUACCUGCCGCUCCACAUUUUGCAGCUGGGGAAACCGACACACCGGAGGUGGCCCAGGGGUUCCGGAGCGGCAACUGAGGACAGGUAUAGCCUGGGGGAUGGACAAGAAAUUAAUUGGAGAAGGCCUCCUGGAGGAGGGGAGCCAUGGCGGGCGCAGGCGAGCGCAAAGGCAAGAAAGAUGACAACGGCAUCGGCACCGCCAUCGAUUUUGUCCUGUCCAACGCCCGGCUGGUGCUCGGGGUGGGUGGCGCUGCCAUGCUGGGCAUCGCCACCUUGGCGGUCAAGAGGAUGUACGAUCGGGCAAUCAGCGCCCCCAGCAGCCCCACCCGCCUCAGCCACGCAGGAAAGAGGAGCUGGGAGGAGCCCAGCUGGAUGGGCUCGUCGCGACUGCUCAACCAGGAUAUGAAGACCAGCGUGAGCCGGUCCCUGCAGACCCUUCCCACUGACCCCUCGGCUUUUGACUCGGAUGGGUUCUGCCCCCCGAGGCCAAAGCCGUCGGCCAAGAGGAGCCAGGUGGACCUGAAGAAGGCCCGACUGCGCCUGUCCCUGCAAGAGAAGCUGUUGAACUACUACCGCAAGCGAGUGGCCAUCCCCGCCGGCGAGCAGACCCGGGCCAAGCAGGCGGCCGUGGACAUCUGUGCGGAGCUGCGGAGCUUCUUGCGGGCCAAGCUGCCGGACAUGCCGCUCAGGGACAUGUACCUCAGCGGCAGCCUCUACGACGACCUGCAGGUGGUGACGGCGGACCACAUCCAACUGAUGGUGCCCCUGGUGCUGGAGCAGAACCUGUGGUCCUGCAUCCCCGGCGAGGACACCAUCAUGAACGUGCCCGGCUUCUUCCUGGUGCGCCGAGAGAACCCGGAGUACUUCCCGCGCGGGAGCAGCUACUGGGACCGCUGCGCCGUCGGGGGCUACCUGUCCCCCAAGAUGGUGGCGGACACCUUCGAGAAGGUGGUGGCGGGCUCCAUCAACUGGCCGGCCAUCGGGUCCCUGCUGGACUACGUGAUCCGGCCCGCCCCGCCCCCGGCCGCCCUGACGCUGGAGGUGCAGUACGAGCCCGCCCGGCGCCUGCUCAUCGACUUCCUGCCGUCCGUGACCCUGGGCGACGUGGUCCUGGUGGCCCGCCCUCACCGGCUGGCCCGGCACGACACCCUGUGGCGGCUGAGCCUGCGGCCGGCCGAGACGGCCCGCCUCCGGGCCCUGGACCAGGGCGACGCCGGCUGCCGCUCCCUGUGCCUCAAGAUCCUCAAGGCCAUCUGCAAGUCCACGCCGGCCCUGGGCCGCCUCACCGCCAGCCAGCUGACCAACGUCAUCCUGCACCUGGCCCGGGACGAGCCCGACUGGACGCAGGAAGCCCUGGCCGACCGCUUCCUGCAGGCCCUGAGGGCGCUCAUCGGCUACCUGGAGGCGGGGGUGCUGCCCAGCGCCCUGAACCCCAAGGUGAACCUGUUUUCGGAGCUCACCCCCGAAGAGAUAGACGAGCUGGGGUACACCCUGUACUGCUCGCUCUCGGAGCCGGAGGCGCUGCUGCAGACGUAGCGGGCCCGAGGCGCCGGCGGGCGGGCGGG